GCGAAAUCAUCAAGUUGAAUGCACGAAAAAGUAUUAAAUUUUACGGUCAUUUAUUCAGUGGUGAAAAUUGAUUGAAAUCAGUAAAAUUAUAGUUCAAAAUAAGUAUCAAUGUGUAAACUACAGAAGUGAAUAGAAUGUAAGUCUAGUGCAGGUCGGGUCUUCGGUUAAAAUUCAGUCGAACGGAAUUUUCUUCAGACGGGUGGGUCAGAUCUGUGAAAAGAAGAAUCCUAGAAAAAGUAAAAGAGCAACGCUUUUUUUUUGUUCGCCUUCAUUCUUAAUCCGCUAAAUGGAAUAGAAGUGUUGCCAUAAAACGUGUUGUGAAUAUUUUUGACUAAUUUAAUUUCCUCGCCUAUUUGACAACACUGACACCGACCGGUAGCUCGGAUUUCUUUAUUCAGCUUUGCCAUUUCGCAGGCUGCAACCAGCGAAAACGGGUUUUCGCCGCGCUACGUCUGUGUGCGUACGACGUACCCCGGGCAAUAGUUCGUUUUGUGAAUGUUCGUGCCCCAGUAGGUACACAGAGAGAGCAGAAAGAACAGCGACACCGAGCUUGGCAAACAGGAGAGAAAUUUAAAAAAAGUGUUUCGACAGAAAAGAUGGCUGAUCUGGACGCAGUGAAUCUCGGUCUCGAUGAUACGGAACGGGAUAUAGCCGAGGAACUAGAAAAUAGUUACGAUACGCGAAGUGAAGCAUCCGCGGCAAGUUCCGACAGUACAACGACCAAUCCCAGUAUCAGUGACGUGAGCUCGGAUUCAUCAGACGACGAUGAGGAAGAGAACAUUGAACGUAGAAAUUCUGCCAGCAAGAAAGCGCAGCAGAAGAAGAAAGGUAACAAGAAGAAGGAGGAAAAAGAGUCCAAGAAAGAUGGUGAAAAAGAUGGCGGUGGAACAGUCUCCACGACGAAUAACAGUACCAAGAAGGAGCGGAAAUCUCGCAGUCGAAGCCCACAGGCGACCGCAACCGCCCCGGCUACGGAUGCGAAACGUAAUCGUACUAAAAACAAUACCGUAAAGAACUCUGUCAAAUCAUAUGACUACGUUACAAAAAUAAACUAUCUCUUCCGGGAGACCCGCUUCUUCCUCAUCAAAUCGAAUAAUACGGAAAAUGUUACAAUUUCGAAGUCUAAAGGUGUCUGGUCCACACUGCCGCCAAAUGAAGCUAAUCUUAAUCAGGCUUUCCGUGAAAGUCGUAAUGUUAUAUUAGUUUUUUCCGUCAAAGAGAGCGGAAAAUUUGCAGGUUUUGCACGAAUGGCAGCGGAAGCUCGUCGAGAUUUACCAGCAGUGGAAUGGGUUUUACCACCGGGAAUGUCUGCUAAAGCUCUGGGAGGUGUAAUCAAAAUAGAUUGGGUGUGCAAAAAAGAAUUACCUUUUACAAGCACCACCCAUCUAUAUAAUCCUUGGAACGAAAAUAAACCUGUUAAAAUAGGACGAGAUGGCCAGGAAAUCGAGCCCAAAGUGGCUGAAGAGUUGUGCCGCCUAUUCCCAGAGGACACGUCUGUUGAAAUGACGCCCAUCUUGAAGAAAUCAAAAGAAGCUUCUAAGCAAAUGAAGGAAAAAGCUGCGUCGAAGUCAUUUCGGCGUCCACCCAAUUUCACGCGUCCCACCAAUGUAAUUCGUGGCCGUGGAAGCCUUGGAGGUGGUGGCGGUGGAGGUGGACCGAUUCGUGGUGGACGAAGGAAGAUGUUUCAUAAUAAGAGCGGUCGACCGGCAAUGUUUCCACCGUAUCGCAAAGAUAUGCGUCGUGGUCCUGGUCAUGUCCCUCGAUUGCACAUGGGAGUAGAUCGCGCAGCUGCAGCAGCAGCCGCUGCUGCCUCAGCUGCUGGUUUCCAUGGUUGGGAACGUUACAGCAGUACGGCCGCCGCUGAAGCUUACGUUGCUGAUUAUAUGCGCACAAUGCAGCAUCAAUUACCUCCUAUGCCGUAUGCUCCACCUCCCGGUUUUCCUGGUAUGCCUUUACCAUAUGAAGGAUUACCCCCACCGCCACGUUAUUAUGAAGGUUUACCGAUUCCGGAAUACCCACUCCCACCUGGCGCUAUUCCCGGUAGUGUUACAGGUGCCACUGGAGCGCCACCUCCACGUGGUUACGAUAAGUACGACGAGUUCAUGUGGAAACCUCCACCAGGUCCUCCAGGGACAGCAGCUGUUCCUACUUCAACUGCCGGAGCAGCCGGUUUACCUUCUAUGAAAGGACCACCACCACCGUUACCGAAUUAUCAUGUUCCUCCACCGUCAGCUCCACCAUCAGCUCCGUCCCAUGGUCGCAAGAAUGACCGCUCCGAUGGUCAGCGCGAUCGCGACCGCAAUCACCGAAAUGACCGCAGCCAACGAGGCGGCAGAAGUUAUAGCAACCGAGAUCGUCGAUGAUUCGAAGUAUGUUCUCACAUGCGGCGGAUGGUCACAGAUAGGCAUCGCUAGGCUACUCUCGGAGAGUCCGGCGUAUUGAUUGUUCCGUGACAAAAAAUUAAACUGACUCUGGCGAAGAGACAGUUCUUUUAAUUAACCUGACGCAAUUACUAUAUAAAAGCAACCCGUUUUGCGAGAACAUGGAAGAAGAUCCAUUUUCGUAGAGCAGCAGUAACAUGAUCAUCAUUAACAUCGCUUCAAAUCAACCAAACUCUAGUGGAACUAGAAAUCCAGAGCAGAUAGCAGCUAGCGAUCGACACGGAAUGCGGUGAAAUUUGUGAUCUCUUUGUUGACGUUAUCGUCAUUUGUGUAACGGAAGAAGACAGUGUUUUCAAGUGCUCACAUUCGCUGUACAGUGCUAGUGAAUUUUCUGCUGAAUGGCGCCAAAUGAGCUCGACGGUUCCUCUUGAUGGACUUAGUCUUUUGUUUAAAGUGCGGUUAUUUCGGAAGUAAGUGCUAUUUGUGGCAACGAUGGAUUUUUUUGCAGAAACCGUGAAUGUUUGGGAAGAACUUUCCUAACAGAUUAGUUAUGAGCAAAUCUGUUUUGGGCAAACGCAAAAUAAGUAUUCUCACAAUAAGAAGAAAAGUUGAUACAACAAAUGUUGAUUGUCUGUCGACAGAAUAGCAGAAGACGUAAGGACAUAGUGAAGAACGUCUCUUUAGAAAAAAAAAAGUGUGUUAACAGACAAUCGAAAAAUACAUGAAAAUAGUUGUGUAAUUGUGUUUAGAAAAAUGAAAAAAAAAAGCAAAUUUACAUCUAUUACUACUGCUAGUAAGCUAAGAUAUUUACCUACACUAUAUGAAGAAGCAGUACAUAAUUAUUAUGUAUCGACAGGCAAAGCGAAAAGAAAAUUAAAUUAUGAACUUUUACUAUUAAUCAAAUAAAGGUUAAGAAACAACCCAACCGAGUGAGAUGAACUUUUUCCCAAACUAGUGCGACAACUAAAGAUAUCAUGAGUUGGUGACUUGUUUUUGCUUUCUCUGUUACCGAGGAGUGAAAGCAAAGGACGGGGUACAGAAAUCGAAAUGUGAUAAAAUCUGCUGCACUUAUAAUACUGGACUUUUCAAAGCAGUACAAAAUGCUCUUCUCUACGUUUAGCAGAGCAACCUUUCGAAACCGGAGACAAGAGGAAUCGUGAUAUGACAACGUGAAUGUGUGGUGAAAUUUAAAGGACUUGCAAAUUUACAUGCAUCUAAACACGGUUAACUUGCCACCUGUGGCAAACACACAAAUCGUCGAAACUAAGAGACUGUAUUUUCACUAGUUUACAAAUUGCUUGUACGCAUGCUAACAAGCGAGCUGACAAGAAGUUUAUCUGGGUUCUGUGAAUCCAAUUCGGCUUUCUACUACAAAACAAAGUGCUGGUACUUUUGAAAGGCACCGUUACACCGGACUACAAUCUAAACCAAUACCAGGUUUACCUUCCACAGACAAUGGAGCUGGAGAACGUGUUAAGAAUAAUUGAAGGGAAACCCAUCCGAGUCAAUUUUUAGACUCUAGACUGAUGACAGUGUUUGUGGUUUGUUUUUGUAUAAAAGAAAGUUAUAUUCAUAUUUAUUAUGUUACAUGCAAAUGCAACAGUGGUUCCUUAAAAUAUUUUUGUAAUAUAGCUAUAUUUAUACCA